AUGACCACACGCUCCUCCGAUUACGCCGGCGUUCAAUCCAACAGUCAAUUUCUGCCGUACAACUGGGAAGAUGAAGAUCGAUUUUACACUCUUCAUUUCGCAUUGAGAGAUUUAUUUAGCAGUAACGUUAUGCCAGCGGUGUUACCAAGAUUAAUCAAAGGCGCAUGCGUCGUCGAUAUAGGAUGUGGCAAUGGUCCUUGGAUUACGGAUAUGGCAACGCAGUACAGCGAAUGCGAGUAUGUGGGCGUCGAACCCAGCGUAGACAUGUUGCCUGAAGCCAUGCCGUUACCCAAUGUUCGAUUUGAGGUGGCCGAUAUUAUGGACAAAUUGCCUUUUGAAUCCAACUCGGUAGAUGUUGUUCAUAUUCGCGCUCAAGGACUUCAAUUCAAAAAGGAAGAGUGGGUGAAAGCCCUGCGCGAAGUGUAUCGCGUGUUGAAACCUGGAGGCAUGGUACAACUUUUAGAGUUGCAUAAUGCGGUAAGUCUCGGAAACCUGGACUAUGACAUUGCCACCAAAUUGGGACCUAUCCUGGAAGAAAGUGGAUUCCAACUGGCACAGCUAAAGAAAAAGAAAGUUCAUUUCGCUUCGGAUGGUAGAUUGGGUGAAACGUUUGUGGCGGUUACGCUGAGAACGUUCCAAGCAGCCCAAGACUUUUUAGCACCUCUUAUGGGUCUGGAUAUCGACGACUACCGUCAUCGAGUAGAAAUGGUGUGUGCUCAGUGCGUUAAACACAACGCGCACCUCACAUGGUAUGCCUACGUCGGUAAAAAACCCUAG